AUGCUGCGCUCGUCGUGGCGUCUACGCGGCUCGUUAUCGCUGCGCUAUCUGUCGACUACGACUGCGUUCACUCCCUCACCUCGUCGCCAGCUUCAGUACGUCACGUCCGACACGAUCGACCGCCGUUUGCUGCAGGGUUUAACCUCCGCAGACGACGACACCCGACCCGUGAACCUCAUUCAGGACGAGGAAAGCGCACGACGCAUACUGCAAAAGAUCGAGGAGUUGGGACCCAAUCAUUUUCACGCGUGUGACACAGAAGUGGCACAGAUUGACGUCAAGGCAGUGGGACCUGUAGGUAAUGGCGUGGUUACGUGUCUUUCGCUUUACAGUGGACCUGAUGUGGACUACGGCAACGGUCCUUAUGUCUGGGUGGACAAUCUGGACAGCGCUGAAGGCACAUUGCAAUACUUUAAAGAGUUUUUGGAAAGUAAAAACUACCUUAAAGUGUGGCAUAACUACAGUUUCGACCGCCAUGUGCUGUAUAACCACGGCAUCAACGUCCAAGGACUAGGAGGAGACACGAUGCACAUGGCUAGACUCUGGAACACGGCUAGAUUCCAGAAUGGAGGCUAUUCUUUAGAGUCCCUAACUGCAGACUUAUUACUGCAGAGAAAGAAGCCAAUGAAAGAAUUAUUUGGCAUCCCCAAGCUCAAGAAGGACGGGUCCAAGGGCAAAGAGAGGAUCAUGCCUACAGUUGAGGAGCUACAGAGGUUUCCCGAAUUUAGGAAACGCUGGAUUAGAUACAGUGUCUACGAUGCAGAGAGCACGUGGUUCUUGCACCGUGUGCUGCAGGAUAAAUUGGACCAGACAUUUUGGUUCGAGAAGCCGAAUGGGGACGAGUCCCAGGUCGGAUCCAUGUACGAUUUCUAUCGUCAGUAUAUUGUCCCGUUCGGAGAGUGCCUCACGGAUAUUGAACGGAAGGGCAUGCACGUGGAUCUGGAGUAUCUCGCGGGUGUCGAGAAGCAGGCGUUGGAGGACAGAGCGCGGCUGGAAAAGCUUGUACUGCUGUGGGCGUCUAGGUAUUGUGAGGAGAGCGAGCGUAUUAAUUUAUACAGCGCUGCACAGAAGCAGCAGUUGCUGUUUGCGCCGUACUUUAAUGAGAAGAAGAACAAGCAGGUGCUGCCUGCUGAGCGUUUGUUUGAAGUGGAGAACACGGAAGGGUUUAUUGAAGAGGGCAAGCAGAAGGCGAAGAAGAAGCGCAAUAUUAUCAUUCGAGGGUUGGGGAUUCCACCUACGCACUUUACAGCUAGCGGACUCCCCGCAGCCAGUGCUGAAGUCUUGAAGGAACUCGCAGGCAAUCCUGAAACAGAUCCUCCUCAAUACGGGCGCGCGUAUGGCCAUUUUGAGGACAAAGAGGAAGGAGCCGCCGCUUGUGUAGCUUUGAAGGCGCUGUUCGACAUCAGCAGUAUCAACACCAUGCUCAACAACUUCAUUCUACCUCUCCAGGAGCUGGCAGACAGCAAUAGCCGUGUACACUGCUCGUUGAAUCUCAACACAGACACAGGUCGCUUGUCAUCGCGAAAACCCAACUUACAGAACCAACCUGCAAUGGGUAAAGAUCGCUACAAGAUUCGAGAUGCUUUCACAGCUCCACCGGGCAAGAAGCUCAUCGUAGCCGAUUACUCGCAGCUGGAGUUACGGCUUAUGGCUCACAUUACACAGUGUAAAGCAAUGAUCGAGGCGUUCAAGGCUGGUGGUGACUUCCACUCCCGUACAGCCAUGGGAAUGUAUCCGUAUGUGGCGAAAGCCGUGGAGAAUGGCGAAGCGCUGUUGGAAUGGGAUCAUACCACUGGCAAGGAACCUCCUGCUCCGCUUCUAAAGGACAAGUACGGCGAUGAGCGUAAAAAUGCCAAGGUGCUCAACUUCUCGAUUGCUUACGGCAAGACUGCGUUUGGUCUGGCAAAAGACUUCAAUGUAUCUCGUAAAGAAGCAGCGGAUACUCUGGAAAAAUGGUAUUCUGACCGAGGAGAGGUACGGGAGUGGCAAAAGAAAGCCAUCGAGACUGCGAGAACGUAUGGCUACACUCGUACACUACUUGGAAGGUAUCGUCGACUUCCGGACGCUAUGCUGAAGGACGAUAGUAUGGCAUCAAAGAAGGCUAGAGGCCAUGCUGAGCGCGCUGCUAUUAACACUCCUAUCCAAGGCGCAGCUGCCGACGUCGUUAUGCAGGCCAUGCUUCAAGUGCAUCAGAACCCGAGGUUACGCGAACUUGGGUGGGAGAUGGUGUCCCAGAUUCACGAUGAAAUUAUCGUCGAAGGUCCUGAAGAAUCUGUAGAUGAAGCGAUGAAACUUGUGGUGCAUCUUAUGGAGAAUCCAUUCCAGAAACCACUCUCUGUGGCUUUAGAGGUGGACGCCAAGGUUGAUGACUCAUGGUUUAAAGCAAAAUAG